AUGGAUUCGAAACUACAUGAGAGUGACGAAAAUGUGGUACAAGAGGGAGGAGCCAAUGUUCGAAUUCUGACUAAACAUGCUGAGGAUGCGAAUGGAAGAUUUAAUGGACAUGUCAAUACAGUAACACUUUCUCUCGAACUUUCACCAACGAUGACGUCCGAUCCACGUGGAGCGGAACUAUUUGCCGACACGCUGAUUGAUCUUGUUAGAAGAAAUGACCCAUUCAAAACUCCACAGACUAGAGCGGGAUUCACCUUUGAAUCUUCAGAGUUUCAAGAGACUGUUGGAAUUCCAUUCCAAAAAAUUAGUAACAUGUCAGUGUCAAAAAUUGUAGAGAACAUGUCCAAAAUGUCUCAAUCAAGUAGAUCCCCGCUUGAACUUGAAGAUCCUAAACUGACUAUGAGGAUCACAUAUCUCAACCCACCAAGCGGAAGUGGUAAACGGAAAAUCAAUACAGGAGAUAUUUUUGAGAUAACAGCAUUUGAGAAGAAGAAAAGAACAGACGAUACCAUUGACGAACCAUGUUGUGAGAGUAAAAGCGUGGUGGAAACGAAACAGACAAGAUCAAAUAUAAUGCCGAAUGAAGUACUCGACAAUUGCCUAGUUCAUGCACUGUAUCAAACACUUAAGUGUCAAGAGAUGCCAGCAAAUAUUCCAGCGUACCGCGAAGCCAACGGCAAUCUCAACAAAACGUUCUCUGGUUUUGAUUCAACUCGUGUUGAAGAUUUGUAUUUGGAGGACGAGUUGAAUGAAACUAUCAGAAACGACGAGUCAGUCAAUGGUUAUGGUAUGAAAGCUCCGGAGAAUGAUGACACAUUGGAAAUUGCUAACGGCGAUACUGUCAAUAUCGUUCGGUCGGACCAAUGGACACAUUUCAUGAAAAUGGAAGAGUUUGCAUCUGACGUUUUCCCAAGAGGUGCGAUUGCCGGGGUUUACACUUGCUGGGCUGGAAGAGUCCUAGAAAUGCCAUAUAUCGUAGUCGCGAAAGAUUUCAUCAUGUUUUACGGCAAGACUGAGGCGCCACAGAGAAUGCCUCCGUACUUUCAGUUUGAGCUCCUCCCUUUGGUCAAAUCAUCCGAUGAUCGGAUUGUUUCCGGAGUUUAUCGCUACGUUUCUGUUGAUCACGAGAUUUGGCCGUCGUUGAUGUCACUUGGGGACCAUUUGAACAAUGCCUGUCACUCAGCAGACCUCAUCUACUACGAAGAUGAUAAUAUCAACAAGGUGUCGACGUCUAAAAAAGAAAAAGAGAAAGAAGCGAUCGGUAGUUUUUCUCAAUUCGCUCGCUCCUCCUAUUUCAAAAUAAACAAAUGA